AUGCUAUAUGAAUUAGUUGCUAUUGCCCGUGUGGCACAUCCAUCCGCUGCACAUGCAGAUGCAAAGGCUCUUGCCUCCACUAUAGGGAAACUGGUCAUAAACAAUAAAGGUGUUGUGAGAGAAGUUGUUUCCUUGGGAUGCCGUCCAUUACCAAAGAUUAUGUCUAAAGCAGGUGAAAAACAUUUCCAAGGCUCUCAUUUCUUGAUGCUCUUUGACUCUUCCGGCGCUGUACAAAGAGAAAUUAUCAGAUCUUUGAAAAACGACCCAAGAGUUAUUAGAGUCAAUCUUCUAAGAGUAGAAGACAAGGUCAACUUGAACCCAGGAAGUUCUUACACCAGAGCUACCAAAGUGUUGUUCCAAAAUUAA